ACUAAUCUCUUCUACUUCUUGCUUUUCCUUAGUAGUGAUUUCUUAUCAGCUAUUGGACCAUAAAGGUCUGAUUGGUCAGUCUGCUCUGAACAGUUGAUGUACAGAUGUGUCUGCUGCUAGAACUCUGUGAGGCAUUUAUCUGGGCUCUAAUCUGAGCUGAUGUUAGCUUGCUUUUUCUGAGGCUGGUGACUUGGAUGAACUUCUCAGCAGCAGAGGUGACUCUUGGUCUUCCUUUCCUCAUGUCAGCUGGUGUGGUCGUAGCGCUGAAUGGUUUUUGCGACUACACUACGAGAUACAUUCAAAGUUUUUCCAGUUUUCUGGACUGACUCUCCUUCCAUUCUUAAAGUAAUGAUGGACUGUCGUUUCUUUUUACUUAGCUGAUUGGUUCUUGCCAUAAUAUGGAUUCUAACAGUUGUCAAAUAGGAGUGUGUACCAAGGGGACACAAGCCAGUGUCUUAUUGUGCUGGUCCCAAGCCCGGAUAAAUACAGAGGGUUGUGGCAGGAAGGGCAUCCGAUGUAAAACUUUGGCCAAAUCAAUCAUGCGAAUCAAAUGUAAGACUUUCAUACCGGAUUGGUCGAGGGCCGGGUUAACAACGACCGCCAUCGGUGCUGUCGACCUACAGGGUGCCAGUGGAAAAUGGACUACUGUUGGUCGAAGAAGGAGGAGAGGAAGGUGUGUUCGUAGGAAGAGAGAGAAGAGGAACACCAAGAGUCUAGGACUGAGAGUAGGAACUUUGAAUGUUGGAACUAUGACAGGAAAAGAUAGAGAGCUGGUUGACAUGAUGCAGAGGAGGAAGGUGGACAUACUGUGUGUCCAGGAGACCAGGUUGAAAGGUAGUAAAGCUAGAAGUUUAGGAGCAGGGUUCAGGUUGUUCUAUCAUGGUGUAGAUAGGAAGAGAAAUGGAGUAGGAGUUAUCUUGAAGGAGGAAUUUGUUAGGAAUGUCCUGGAGGUAAAAAGAGUUUCAGAUCGAGUGAUGAGCCUGAAGCUAGAAAUCGAAGGUGUGAUGUUCAAUGUUGUUAGUGGGUAUGCUCCACAGGUAGGAUGUGAGCUGGAGGAGAAGCAGAAAUUCUGGUUGGACCUUGAUGAAGUGAUGCAGAGCAUCCCUAGAAGUGAGAGCGUUGUCAUUGGUGCAGACUUCAAUGGACAUGUUGGUGCAGGAAACAGAGAUGAUGAGGAGGUCAUGGGCAGGUUUGGUAUCCAGGAGAGGAACGCAGAAGGACAGAUGGUGGUUGACUUUGCAAAAAGGAUGGAAAUGGCUGUAGUGAAUACUUUCUUCCAGAAGAGGCAGGAACAUAGGGUGACCUAUAAGAGUGGAAGUCGGAGCACACAGGUAGACUACAUCUUGUGUAGACGGUGUAAUCUGAAGGAGAUCAGUGACUGCAAAGUAGUGGUAGAUGAGAGUGUAAGAUAAGAUAGACUUUAUUGAUCUCACAAAGGAGAAAUUUACUGUUACAGGGCUCUUAGGAACAAAAAACAGAGGAGUGCAAAAAGUCACGAAAGUGCAAGUACAAGAUAAGAUAAUAAAUAUUGCACAUAAUAACAACUACACAGUAGUGUUAUACUACUGGCAGUGGGGAUGAAGGACCUGCGGUAGCGCUCCUUCUUGCACUGAGGGUGUCUGAGUCUCGUGCUAAAGGAGCUGCUCAGCUCCACUACAGUCCGGUGCAGUGGGUGGGAGCUGUUGUCCAUGAUGGAUGAGAGCUUGGUCAACAUCCUCCUCUCACUCACAUCCAUCACAGAGUCCAGUGGGCAGCCCAGGACAGAGCUGGCCCUCUUGGUCAGCUUGUUCGGUCUCUGCAUAGGAUGGUGGUGUGUAGGAUGACCCUGGUGGUGAAGAAGAUGAAGAGGGCAAAGGCAGAGCAGAGGACCAAAUGGUGGAAGCUGAAAAAGGAAGAGUGUUGUAUGACUUUCAGGAAAGAGUUGAGACAGGCUUUGGAUGGUCAGGAGGGGCUUCCAGACGACUGGACAACUACAGCAAAUGUGAUCAGGGAGACAGGUCGGAGAGUACUUGGUGUGUCAUCUGGAAGGAAAGGAGAUAAGGACACUUGGUGGUGGAAUGAGGAGGUACAGGAGUGGAUCCAGAGAAAGAGGUUAGCUAAGAAGAAGUGGGACACUGAGAGGACUGAAGAGAGUAGACAGGAGUACAGGGAGAUGCAGCGUAAGGUGAAAGUAGAGGUGGCAAAGGCCAAACAAGGGGCUUACGAUGACUUGUAUUCUAGGUUGGACAGUAAGACUGACUGACCUGUAUAGGUUGGCAAGGCAGAGAGACAGAGAUGGGAAGGACGUGCAGUAGGUUAGGGUGAUAAAGGAUAAGGAUGGAAGUGUGUUGACAGGUGCCAAUAGUGUGAUGGGAAGAUGGAAAGAGUACUUUGAAGAGUUGAUGAACGAGGAAAAUGAGAGAGAACGAAGAGUAGAAGAGGUGACUGCAAAGAUUAAUAAGGAUGAAGUGAGGAGGGCAUUGAAGAGGAUGAAGAGUGGAAAGGCACUUGGUCCUGAUGAUAUACCUGUGGAGGUAUGGAAGUGUCUCGGAGAGGUAGCAGUAGAGUUUUUGACUGGGUUGUUCAACAGGAUAGUGAGAAGAUGCCCAAGGAAUGGAGGAGAAGUGUGCUGGUGCCCAUCUUUAAGAACAAGGGAGAUGUGCAGAGUUGUGGCAACUACAGAGGAAUAAAGCUGAUGAGCCACACAAUGAAGCUAUGGGAAAGAGUAGUUGAAGCUAGACUAAGGGCAGAGGUGAACAUCUGUGAGCAGCAGUAUGGUUUCAUGCCAAGAAAGAGUACAACAGAUGCAAUAUUUGCUUUGAGGAUGUUGAUAGAGAUGUACAGAGAAGGUCAGAACGAGCUGCAUUGUGUCUUUGUAGAUCUGGAGAAAGCUUAUGACAGGGUGCCCAGAGAGGAACUGUGGUUUUGUAUGAGGAAGUCUGGAGUGGCAGAGAAGUAUGUUAGAGUGGUGCAGGACAUGUAUGAGGACUGUAAGACAGUGGUGAGGUGUGCUGUAGGAGUAACAGAGGAGUUCAAGGUGGAGGUGGGACUACAUCAGGGAUCAGCUCUGAGCCCCUUCUUGUUUGCUAUGGUGAUGGACAGGAUGACAGACGAGGUUCGACAGGAGUCUCCAUGGACUAUGAUGUUUGCAGAUGACAUUGUGAUCUGUAGUGAGAGCAGGGAACAGGUGGAGGAGAAGCUAGAGGCGUGGAGGUUUGCCCUGGAAAGGAGAGGAAUGAAGGUUAGCCGCAGCAAGACGGAGUAUCUGUGUGUGAAUGAGAGGGACCCAAGUGGAAGAGUGAGGUUACAGGGAGAAGAGAUCAAGAAGGUGGAGGAUUUUAAGUACUUAGGGCCAACAGUCCAGAGCAAUGGAGAGUGUGGAAAAGAGGUGAAGAAGCAUGUACAGGCAGGCUGGAACGGCUGGAGAAAAGUGUCAGGUGUGAUGUGUGAUAGAAGGGUUUCAGCUAAAAUGAAAGGUUUACAAAACUGUGGUUAGACCAGCCAUGUUGUUUGGUCUGGAGACAGUGUCCCUGAGGAAAAGACAGGAGGCAGAGCUGGAGGUAGCAGAACUGAAGAUGCUGAGGUUCUCUUUGGGAGUGACCAGGAUGGAUAGGAUCAGGAAUGAGUACAUCAGAGGGACAGCACGUUAGAGGCUUUGGAGAUAAAGUCAGAGAGGCCAGACUGAGAUGGUUCAGACAUGUCCAGAGGAGAGAGAGAGAAUAUAUUGGUAGAAGGAUGCUGAGUUUCCCACUGCCAGGCAGGAGGCCUAGAGGAAGACCAAAGAGGAGGUUUAUGGAUGUGGUUAAAGAGGACAUGAAGACAGGGUUAGAUGGAGGCAAUUGAUUCGCUGUGGUGACCCCUGAAGGGAAAAGCCGAAAGGAAAAGAAGAAGAAGACCAACCUGACUACUCCACAACACAACUGAUGGUCCCAACACCAUUAACAGGGAUGUGAUUUUUCCGCAAAUUCGCGGAAUUCCGCUUUUUUUACGUUUCAAAAAAAAAAAAUUAAAAUUUCUGAUUUUUUUCACCCCAAAAAAUCCGAUUUCGUUUCCCCCAAGGUACGACUUUUAGAUAUUCCGAGACCGUAUCAGGCAUGUUAUUUGGUGUAUCAAUUUUGAGACCCAACGUGAAUCGCCCAAAUUCGAUGAGAAAAAAAAUAUAGGGUGUAAGGGGUAUAGGGUUGGAUCGCACGUAGUUGUCAACAGUGCGCUGGCAAAAGCACGAGUUGGAAACAACGAUUGGAGAGCAUUAUCGAAAGUUAGAUGUAGCUGGGAAAGCGAGGUGCAUGGUGUGCGACGAUGAGACAAAAUACAGCGACAGAGGAUGCCAAGCGCUGAUAGACCACAUGAAAACGACAAAUCAUGCCAGGAAAUUGUACGAAAAGCGCUCUAACCACCAAAUGCCCAGCAAUUUUUUCACCCGGCGGAGGGAAGAGACGCGACAACAGGACCAAACAUACGGGAUCAGUAGUGUGUACUUGCAACCAUAGACAUAAUAAAGAGUAGACGCGAGAAAUACGGCCGCCCUCUUGGUCCGAUCACCCGCACCACUCAGUGCUGUUUGACAGCGCAUUUAAUCCAUCUUAACUCUGAAUAUUAAACUGAUUUUCACGCGUUUUUAUUUUUAUUUUUUGCUGCAAAUGUCAUACAUGUAGCUAUGAUACAGGACAAAUGGUUUGGCGUAUUUUAAUAUUCAUAGCGGGAUUAACAGUAAUAGAAUAUUCUGAUAUUAAGCUCGACUGUAGACAAGUAUUUUGCAAACACUGUAAACACACACACACACACUAAUAUAUGUUAGAGAAGCAGAUAAUGGCAGUAAAGUCAAUUAGCUUAUUUUAAUAAUUUGAAGAGACAAUAUAUGAUUACGCUAUAUAUACAUAUAUAAACAAAAUACUGACUAAUGAACACAUAUUUCUAUAUAAAACAAUAAAUAGAAGUUAUAUAUCAGAGAAAAUGAAUAUAUAUAAAUCAUAGAUGGAGUAUUAAUAUAAUCAAUAUAUCAGAGAAAAUUAUUAUAUAAAUCAUAUAUAGACUAUCAAUAUAAUUCAUACAUAUAUAUUAUAAUUUCUGCUCCUUGUUAGUUUAUCAUAUUACAUAUUGACUUGAAUACAUGUGUAUAUGAUGAAUAUAAUGACUUGUUUCUUUUAUGUUUACUUGCUAUUUUAGUCCACUUUUGACACUUAAAUAACACUAAAACCCAGGAGCUUCGGGGGGCUUUGCCCCCCUUGUCCCCCCACCGGGCGCUGCCCUGGACCCGCUGACCCCCAGACCCCUGGCUGAAUUUUUCAGAUAAUUUCACUUUCCUCAAAUCACAUCCCUGCAUUAAGAAGGCAAGAAACUCCACAAAUUAACUUUGACAAGGCACACCUAUGAAGUGAAAACCAUUUCAGACACACAUGUGAAAUGUGUGUCACAUGUGUGUCAUUUAGAGAAUGAGCUUCAUUCUCUAAAUGAAGCUCAUUUAGAGAAUGCCAAGAGUGUGUAGAGCAGUAAUCAAAGCAAAGGGUGGCUAUUUUGAAGAAUCGAAAAUAUAAAACAUGUUCUGACUUAUUUCACACUUUUGUGUUUACUACAUAAUUCCGGAUGUGUUCAUUCAUAGUUCUGAUGUCUAUAAUGAGUAAUAUAUGUGUUUUUUCUGAUACAAGUUCCAAAACAAAACAAAGAAAAUGAUGCCUCUUUUUUCUUUUAGUUAAAUUUUGACCCCAGAACACAUUAAAUAGUUAGAUGAAUACCAGAGAGUUAAGGGCUUAAUUUGAAAAGAAAACAGAAUGAAUUCCACAGGAUAUGAUUUAAUCCUUGCUUGCAUUUAAGAAAUAACCUCAUUAGUUUGGUCUUAUAUCUUAAGUCUGUGUGUUCAAAAUCAAUUUUAAUCUGUCAUGAUGCAUUGAUCGCCCUAUAUCACUUUGAAGGUCAGCACAAGUAAACAACAAUUGUAAUCAGCAAUUAGUAGAUGAUGGGGUGUAACGGUACACUAAAAUCAUGGUUCGGUUCUUGGUUAAGAGGAAAAAUUUUAAAAAGUGCUCAUAUUUCAUCUAAAACAUGUUUAUAUUCUUAAAGCAAAGAGCUGUUAGCGACUCAGUGAGUCAAAUUAAAUGUAUAAAAAUGGAAUAGAAACACUGCUGCAUAGUUCUCAUUAUCAAAUAAACUAAAUAAAAUAAAGUGCAGCAUGAACAAUUCCAGCUUAUUGAGCUGCUGUAACUACACCUGAGAUUACUUUUUGUAUAAAAGGAAGACAUACAAACAACCAAGUUCAGUGAUAAAAAAAAAUUAUAUACAUAUACAUAUAUAUAUAUAUAUAUAUAUAUAUAUAUAUAUAUAUAUAUAUACACAUAUUCACAUGGCUCACUGUGUCCCAGUCAGAGGUGAUGUGAUGGACAGUCACUGUUCAGAAGCUCUCUGCAGCUCUGGAUGUCACCCUUCAGCUGUGAGUCCUGCAGCAGAUGGACAAGUCAUGAACCACACAGAUUUGGUUUCUUCAUACAGAGCUGGUCUGACUUUCUGGCUGAAGUGUGGACGAGAAGGAACUUCAUAAUCUAUCACCUAAAAUACAAAUUAUACUUUAAUGUAAUUGCUUUUUAAAAAAAAAAAAAAAAAACCAA